GAGAGAGAGAGAGAGAGAGAGAGAGAGAGAGAGAGCGAGAGGGAGGGAGAUAGAAAGAGACGAGCGCGAAGUGCUGCACAGUCUGUCACGGAGCCACCGUGAAAAUACUUCAAGAACAUCUGCAAAAUGCCGAAUAAAACUAAAAAAGAAAAGGAAUCACCAAAAUCUGCAAAAAGCAGCACCAAAAACAGUAACGUCAGCGGUGGGAAGGAUACUGGAACUGAAAAUUCAGACGAGGCACAGCAGCAACAGACAGCCAGCAAACGUCCUAGCAACAGCACUCCACCUCCAACCCAGCUCAACAAAAUCAAGUAUUCUGGCGGCCCACAGAUUGUGAAGAAGGAGCGUCGACAGAGUUCCUCACGCUUUAACCUCAGCAAGAACCGUGAGCUUCAGAAGCUUCCUGCCCUCAAAGAUGCCCCACCCAUUGACAGGGAGGAGUUGUUUGUUCAAAAGCUGCGCCAGUGCUGCGUACUCUUUGACUUUGUGACGGAUCCCCUUAGCGAUCUCAAAUACAAGGAGGUGAAGCGUGCUGGCCUCAAUGAGAUGGUGGAGUACAUCACACACAAUCGUGAUGUAGUUACGGAGUCCAUCUAUCCUGAAGCUGUCAUUAUGUUUUCAGUGAAUCUGUUCAGGACUCUGCCUCCUUCUUCCAAUCCUACGGGGGCAGAGUUUGACCCUGAGGAAGAUGAGCCUACACUGGAGGCAGCUUGGCCCCACCUGCAGCUGGUGUAUGAAUUCUUCUUACGGUUCCUGGAGUCACCUGACUUCCAGCCUAAUAUUGCCAAAAAAUACAUCGACCAAAAAUUUGUUUUGUCUCUAUUGGAGCUGUUUGACAGUGAAGACCCCAGAGAGCGAGACUUCCUAAAGACCAUCCUGCACAGGAUCUAUGGCAAGUUUCUGGGGCUUAGAGCCUACAUCCGUCGACAGAUUAACAACAUAUUCUAUAGGUUCAUAUAUGAAACAGAACAUCAUAAUGGCAUUGCAGAACUCUUAGAAAUCUUAGGAAGUAUAAUUAAUGGCUUUGCCCUGCCACUGAAAGAGGAGCACAAAAUGUUCUUGAUCCGGGUGCUGCUGCCUUUACACAAAGUCAAGUCUCUCAGUGUCUAUCACCCUCAGCUGGCAUACUGUGUUGUGCAGUUUUUAGAAAAAGACAGCAGCCUCACUGAACCAGUUAUAAUGGGUCUCUUAAAGUUCUGGCCAAAGACCCACAGUCCUAAAGAGGUCAUGUUCCUGAAUGAAUUGGAGGAGAUCCUGGAUGUCAUUGAGCCUUCAGAAUUCGUCAAAGUUAUGGAGCCUCUGUUUAGACAGCUGGCCAAGUGUGUAUCAAGUCCACACUUUCAGGUUGCUGAGAGGGCACUAUAUUACUGGAACAACGAGUAUAUCAUGAGCCUAAUUAGUGACAAUGCUGCCAAGAUCCUGCCCAUCAUGUUUCCUGCUCUUUAUAAGAAUUCCAAGAGUCAUUGGAACAAGACGAUCCAUGGUCUUAUUUACAAUGCUCUGAAGCUCUUUAUGGAGAUGAACCAGAAGCUGUUUGACGAUUGCACUCAACAGUACAAAGCUGAGAAGCAAAAAGAGAAGUACAAACUGAAGGAGCGGGAGGAGAUCUGGCACAAAAUUGAAGAGCUUGCGAAACAGAAUCCUCAGAGUACAAAGAUCCAUCCUAGUAUCCGACCAGGUCUGCCUCAAGAUGAGUAUAUGAUGUAUAAUGAGAGCCCAGGGAUGCCUCACUACUCUAUGGAGACAGAGACCCCUACUGCUGAAGAUAUCCAACUGCUGAAGAAGACUGUGGAAACUGAGGCCUCACAGGGAAUGAAGGAGAUAAAGAAGGACAAGGUGCUGAUGCGACGGAAGUCAGAGCUGCCGCAGGAUGUGUACACUAUAAAGGCCCUGGAGGCCCACAAGCGGGCAGAAGAGUACCUGACAUCUAACCAGGAAGCUCUCUGACCAGGGAACACCGCCACCCUUCACCUGCACCACGCCUAAUCUGUCCCUCUCGUCUUUGUCCAGAAAUGUCGCCUGCUGUAAACUCGUCUCUGUUCCUCUGCCUCUUUCCUUCCUCACCUCCUCUGGAGAGCCCUUUCUGCAGAAUCCUGGCCAGCACAGAGAACGGUGGAGAGCUUCCAUGCCCUCCCUUAGUCACGUACACAAACGCAAUCACAGAAAAGCACUUCAAUUUCUAGUAUGCAUCAAAAGCCACAUGUAGUGAUCAUGCAAAAUGAUACAUAGGUUGUGCUAAUAAUUUUGAAUGUUUCCACUCAGAGCGUGUUUCCUUUUCUUUUUAUUUCACUCAAUUUUCUUGUCUAGAUUUAAUCGUUAGACCUCACUUUUAUGUUCCUCUUUUCAAACUGUGUUGCUUUUUUCAGGAUGGACUUUUUCCUCAUCUGUUGAUCUAUGUUCACUCAGUCAUGUCUGAUUUGAAGGGUCCACACUUGACAAAAUGGACUGCAUUAUCCAAAAGAUAACAAGGAACUCAGUGGCAACAGUGACCAUGCAUGUUUUUUUUUUUUGCAUGAGCCAGGUUUAGGGACUCCUCUGUGUGUGUGUGUGUGUGUGUGUGUGUGUGUGUGUGUGUGUGUGUGUGUGUGUGUGUGUGUGUGUUUUUAUGGAUCAUGUUGCCUUGCUCUUGUAGGACUGUGUGGAGCAUAUGAAUGUAAGCAGUAUUUCAAAAUGUGCCACACGCAUUACAUUGAGGUUUUUGUGAUCUCUAGAGAAGUAAUUGGAGCCUUUGUUUUUUUUACAGAAACAAGGAUCCAGGCUCUGCAUAAUACUUGGUGUCAUAUUAGGUUAAGUUUACAACUCAAACACAGUUGCAUCAAAAGUUCCUCAAGACAAAGCAUCAUGCUUCCCCCUUGCACAUCAGAAGUCCUGCCCGUAGAUGAAGGACGCACGUAAACCUACAAUUAGGCAGGUGUGAGCUAGUCCAGAUCCAUAUGCUUUAGUGGCAAUAUAAAGAGUCUGAUUCUACAAGCCUUGCUUCAGAGUCCCCUUAAUUGGGAGGCUGCUAUGAUUUAAACCCAUAGUUACAUUCAGACAUAAAUCUCACCGCAGGAUGGGAGCUUUAAUCCGUUUCCUGCCUUAGUGGUGAUCAGUUUACAAACUGAGAUCACAGUACUGCAAGUUGCUUUAUCAAAAUGAUAAACCUCUUAAACCAACACCAGCAGAUCAUUCCAUGUGUCACGAUCAUUCUGCUAAAGAACAAUGCUGUUUGGCCCGUCCGUAUCAAAACAUGCCCUACAGCUACCAGCUCUUCUUCAUGGUUCUGUGGCGUAUGGCUGCAUAUAGGUAAUCCUAUUAUACAUUUCUAACUGCUUUCCAAGAAAUCGCAAGAACCCCCCCCCCUUAAAAAACUUUUCUGAUCUUAUAGUCUGUCUUGUUUUGUCCUGUAUUUUUUUGUGUUACAAAAAAAAUUUCCCUUAUUUCAGUUCUUUCAUGUGGAAUGGGAGGGAUGUGAAGUGCAAGUGUAGGGAAUCUCUUCACUCACCUCUGCCCUCUCAUCUGCAAACCUUGCUUGCCAUUACUUUAAUAGAUUAUGCAUUUUUUUAAGCGCCUAAGCAAUAUUUUUAGAAAGAAGUUAAAGAGAAAAAAAUAAAACAUGCACUUGAGAGGUGUAUGGUCAAGCGCUAUACAAUCCUUAUACUAGAACUAUAAAGAAGAAAAAUGCUUGCUUAAACUUGCCAGGCUGAUUAUAUGGGGAAAUGAAGACAGCCUGCAGUUACCGUUGCAAAUAUUUGUGUAUUGUAUACUGUAUAUUGCUUAGGGUUGCACCCUUGCUUGUCACAUUCUUUAUGAUUUUCCCUCUACCUCUCAAGAGAUCUUUUGUUUUUUUGUUGCUUCUGUUGCCCCCCCCCACGCAUUGUAGAGUGAACCAUCACUCACUUAGAUCAUUCCAAAAUAAUAUUCACUCCUUAGGAAAGCAGCCAGACAAUGCAAAGCUUGCCUUGUCCACACUCAGCUACAUGGUCAACUUAACACUUGGCACUGUCUUUCGUCAGUGUUCACACACUUGAACUCCGACUUUUUUGGAAAAGCUGCACAGUUCCAACAUUUCUUGAGUUGUUGCCUCAACAGUGGUGGUUUACUAGUCUUGUUAGAGCCUCAUUCUUUCAACAUUGACUUUAAACAGUAUCACUCCUGGGUCCAAACUGAUGAUCUAGCUUGCUUUGUGGACUGGGCAUGUGUUUGUUGUCUGGCAGCUACACAAACACUGUAGAGGGAAAUUAUGAAAAGUAUGGGUCUCUCCACAUUGCUCCCCCUCUCCCCCUUUCCCAGCCCCCUUUCCCAAGUCUGACACUAAUCUUGCGCUGCUUUCCAGGUCAUAUGUACAUAUGUUGUACUUUAAUUAGGUAGAGCAUUACAUAGUAUGAAAGUCAUAUUUUGUACAGAUGUUCAUGUAUGUACAGAACAAAAAUAAAGUUAAAAAAAAAAAAGUGUUUCUGAAUGUGUGGGAUGCUGCACAAAA